ACAUCCCGUUAGUUUCCACGGGGCGUCCCUCGCCCUGCAGCUGCGUUCCUACGGCAACGCGUGGAAGCUUCCUCCAGGAGGAUCAUGGGAAGGAAUUUCGGCUACAGAAGCGGAGGGAGUUUCGAAUUAUUUCACGAUUAGCUUCGGUUUAACAUGCGAUUCCACGCUCGUGUUACGUUUUUCUCCAACACCCGACGUGAACACAACACAGGGAUUCUGUCUUUUCUAAUAACCCUCCCUGGAGACACAAUCCCCACGAAGAACUGAUGCUGGCAUCCAAACAUGGAGCUGAAGCUGGAGGUUGUUCUGUCGACCAGCAUCAAACGGAAGAAACCAUGGCCCAGAUUCUGCUGGCUCGGUCAGGAGAAGGAGUCUGUGUUCCUGUUAGAUGACAAACGGAUCAGUGAGAUCAACAUGGUCUCCGGUCGCACGAAGAAGAGGACCCCGAAACUCCAUCCUUUGCUCAACAGUGUGGUGACAAUGGCCUCAUCCCGCAGCGGUGUGUGGCUUUGUGGGAUUUUGGUCUCGGGAGAACUCUUUCUGUGGAACAGGGAUAAGGACUUGUUGAAGACUGCUGCAGCUGCCCCAGAAGUAGUUCAAGUCAUUACUUCUGGUCAAGGAAAUACCCCACGGUUUUCUCUUCAGGUUUCAAGGGAUGGAAUGCGUGUGCUUCUGGUAGCCAUAACCGGACACGUCUUCCUGUGGGAGUGUGUGGAUGUCAGGGAUUUGACAGGAGUUCGAGAUGGCACAGUCAAGGGACGUUGGGCCCAUAUCAAGCCCCUUGAGGAUACCGUUCUGCCUUCUCUACUUGACAAAGAAGCAUGCCAACACUCAAUAUUUGUAAAGACAGAAGCUGUGGGUGAUGCCUGCUUAUCAGCCCUUGUUUUCACAUCCGGGAAGAAGCUUAUAAUCACCUGUUUGAAAAUUCAGUGGGAGGAAGGCAACAUGAGAGUGGGUUCUGUGGGAUAUAGCAUACAGUGGGCCACCAAGACAUACCCCAUGUCUCAUCUCACCCCAACCUGCCAACCAGUCAAGUCUAGAGGGGCCAUGGUGCCAGCCUUCUCCCCAGAUGGCCAACUGUUAGCCAUCGUCCUGAACCAGAGACAUCCAAAGGCUACACAGGUCCUGUAUGUGAGCACACAGAAUUUUGUCUCAGUAUCAAGCAGCCUUGGAGGAUGUGGAAUGAAGACGUUAGAGAUUCCCUCCAAAUACAUAAGGUCGUACUGGGUGGGCAGUGUGAGCUGGUCCCCCAGCAGCCUUUUCCUGGCAUGUGUCCUCAAGAGGGGCUCCCUUCUUGUGUUGGCUCGGCUCGGGGGCCUUCUCAGUCUAACAAGCUCCGGUUGUAACGUGGACUUUGGGCCGGCGCACUUCCUACCACUGCAUCCCCUCGUCACUUACCGGCCACCAGUGUCUGCAGGGUCAGUGGAGGCCAAUAUGUCCAGUUCUAGCCUGUCGGUGCGGGACAUUCUGAGGCAGCGAUAUUCCGUGACCUGGCAUCCUCGGCUGUUGUAUCUCAUUGUGUCUGAUGGCUACAUGGCCACCGUAAUGAGGGUACUCGACAGGCCUUCUCCUGCCAUGUUGCUGAAAUCACUUUUAAAGGACACCAGCAGGGAUCUGGAAAAGGCCAGUCUGAAGCUGGAACAAUCAAAGAUUCACGUGAGGGCAUGGUUGGAGUCAGUAUCUUGCCUAAAUCUUGACAGCAGCCUUGAGGCACUCAGUCCCAUUGUUACACGUGGUCCCAACUCUGCAGACUCUGUCUUCUCGGGACCCACAGGUGGAUCCACUUUGCCACUUUUCCUGCAGGACCAAGGGACGUUGAGUGGAACCAAGGGGCUUUUUGAAAAAGUGCAGACUUUCCUUGAUGACGACUCUGAUUUCGACGGACCUCCUGCUGGUUCUCACAUGGAGAAUGUCGGUCGUUUGGAGUUUGCCUCAAUGUUUGACACUCUACAUGCCCAUGACACACAAACUGACACUCUACUUACUACUGGUCCAAAUUAUGAAAAGGACUUUGCUGAACCAGAGAGGAAGACUCCUCUUCUUCAUCGUGAACUCGGGAAAAUUCGGACUAAGCUGCUAACAGCCUGGGCGUUUGGCCUGUCUCUAGGAAAUGAGGUGGAACAUAGAGCGUGUCUGCUGAAGCAUACCCUCCUUUGUGUGGUGCGAUUUGCUGCUUUGGUCCAUUUGAUCUCCAGCUCCACGGACCACACAGGAAAAAAGAAUACCUCAGUCUCUACCCGGCUCCUCCAUCUUAUCAAAACCCUGUUAUCUUUUCUUCCCUGGGAUAGCACUCACUCAAAUGGGCCAUGCUGCCAGGGCCUGGUGGUAGAGCUCAGUAAACGACUGAUACGCCUCCUGCUGACUCCUCACCCUGAGUCCUACCAGACCGGUCACUGUCAGCCAUCAUCUCAACUUCUGUCCACCGUCCUGCACAUUUUGCAGCUGGUCUCGGAUUCUCUUGACCACACAUACAGCCUGCAGCAAAAAACUGUGUGGUCCUCUGCAAAGAAGGAAUCUGUUGCCCAGUCACAACAGCUCUGGCCUUCAGAUGUUUACCAUGUACCUCUGCUACAGGAUGAGAAGAAAAAGAAACUCACCUCGCUGGAUCAGGGAUGUCCUGUUCCCCAGCGACCAUCUAGCAGAUUGUUCGGAGUGUGGCAGUGGGUGUACAAGGUCACCCAGAAGUAUCUGGAAGAACUGAAGAACUAUGAAGGCUGCGACGGCUGGGAGGAGGAGCAGCAGCAGUUGACUUUCCUCACGUCCCAGAUUCAAGCAGCCCUGCAGGCCACAGGAGCAAAGCUCGAGCAGGGCCCUGCACUGAUGAGUUACCCAGGUGAACAUCUUUUCCUGUGUGGCUUGUAUCCAAAGAGUGCCGAGGCCUGGCGGUCACAAAUUUGUGACGAGAGUAACAAAAUUUGUGAUCGCAGGGUCUUCCAGGAGGAACGGCUCUGUCUGGCACUCCUCUACAGUCUUCUGUCCCAGUACCGUCUAAGGGAAGCCCAAGAGUUGGGCGACCACAUGGCACGUCUCAUCCUGCACAGGGCUGGACAUCAGAAGGACAACAGAAAAUCCAAAACAGCAGAUUCUUUUCCUUGCACGUGGCUCCCAGUCGAUCUUCACAGUGAUGCAGCCUUUGCAGUGGUUCAGAGUCUGGGGAGAGUCAUGGCCUCUUACUUCGCCAACCAACCCCUCCACAUCCUGCCCCCUCACAAUGUGGCCGUCUUGCCUCCUCUACAUUUACCUCAUGGCCCAAGUGUUGGGCGCUUGGUGCCUCUAUGCCAAGAGGAGGUGGCAACAGCAGUUCGACGACAGCAUCUGUCAGAGGUGUGGACAGUGGACUACGCCCAGGACCUGCUCCUUCUCGGGGGUCUGCUGCCUGAGGCUGUGUGGUUGGCUUCCCACCUCGGGGACUGGAAGACAGCGGUUUCUCUGAGUCUGGCUUACACAAGCUACUGCACUGACCACUGCGACUUUGCUCGGCUGAGAAGGAGAGAGCUCCACCUCCCAACAGAUAUGGAAGCAGAAAGCAUUUUUCAGGCUGAGUUGGAGAGUCUUCUUGGGAAUAAGCCGGACUCCCAGGGGCACAGGGACAAGGAAUAUGACAAGAGCUUGACAGACCCUUUGGAAGGAGAGGACUGGGAUUUAUUACUAGUUUCCAUGCAGGAGAUUCUGAGAGCAUCAGUCAUGGCUGGAGUGAAUGUUAUGUCCUCACCCUUGUCUUCCUUGCUGGACACAGCCAAAGACUUGUGUUCCUGUUUACCUCUGUUGGUGCCCAGUGGACUGUAUCUCCCCUCCCCACCUCUUUAUUGCCCUCAGCCUUCCCCGAACACACAGGACCCGAUAGGAACAGCAGGGCAGUUUGCAGAGGUUGCAUCACGUCACAAGGUGUCUGCGGUUCUCCAAAGAUUGCUUUUACUUCUGAGAUCUGCCCGUUGUUGCCAACCUGCUGCCCAGUGGUACAUCACCCAUCUGCGCCGGGCCAGACACCUACUACACAAGAUCAAAAAGAAGUACUCAUAUCCAGCAGCUACUGAAGAAGAGAAAGCUUUCCCAGAAGGGCUGAUGAAGUUUGUCACGCGCAGUGGAUUCUUCAGACUGGGCCCUAACAAAGAUGGUCAUUUGGACUCUGACACGAUCCAAACUAUUAUCUGUUUCAGGGAGCUGUGUGGUUUAUGCUGGAUGUUGCAUGUCAGGGACCAACUCUCCAUUUCCUGCAGGAAGUAUCAGGCUGCCAGGCAGCAUUGCAGAGAUAAACAGAUCCCUGGUGAUUCAGAUGUGAGAUCUAGCUGCGCUGAAGCUCUCCGCUGGGCCCGUCGCUUUCUGCCUUUCUCUCGCUACCUCAAUGCUGAAGAAAUUCUCCAGGACGUACUGCUCAGCCUCGUGUCUGAACUGCCUCCGGUCUCUUUGGUUGCAGACACGCUGGUACAAGCCUUCCCGGGGGAGGAAGAGUCUGUCAGAGUCCCGCUGAGAGAAAAGUAUAACUCACUGCUACAGAGACUGAGGCAAUGCAAUGUCCUUGAAGGUGAAAGGGAUGAGGCAAAUGAGUUGAUGAUGGUUCUGAUUCAGGACAAACACAGGCAGAGGAGAAAACAUCUUGGGCGUUUGCGGAGGCACCUGGCUCCCCCUGAGCUCCACCUGUGGGAGAAGGAGGAGGAAGAGGAGGACAGGGGAAACAAACAUGGGAUGGCAAUGAUGAGGCAACUCUCACUGGGUACAAGUCUGAGCACCAGCACUUUAACCGACUGCGGGUUUCCCCCAGUGUGCAGUGAUGGAGACACAGCAGAGAACACAUCUGAGGCCAUCUCCCCUGAACAGCAUUGCCGAGCCAUGUCCAGGGACAAAAAAGUACAUAAAGUAAGAGACAGAGAAAAUGCUGUUAAGAUUGAAAGCGCCAUUCAGGAGGAGACUCAAGUAGACGGUACCAAGGGGAAUGAGAAGUCCCCCUUACCAGUGGUUGGCACCUGGGAGUUUGAGUUGGAAGACGAAGAAUAUUUGAACUUCCUGGAGCUCUUCAUCAGCUACGAGCUAGAGAAGGAUGUGGCUGAUGGAGGGGACCCGGGCAGUGAACUUCCUUUGCUGAAGAGCUUCUCCUCCAAGCUGAGGGAGAGAGAGUUGCACUCGCUCACUUUUGAUGUGCUCACAACGAUACAUCGGCGUCAAAGAGACGGGCACCAUCCAGGGAGGAAACCUUGGAGCAGCGACCCUCCAGUGUUCAGAGCUGGGUGCUGCUACAAGCCCAUUAAGCAAGGCCCGACACCUGAACCUCAAUCGUCCGCCGUCUGGAAUGAAGCCUCCAUAUCCAGAGCCAGUCUUUCAGUCAGUUCUCUUCCUGGGCCGAGAACUGGCAAGAUGAAAGGUUUGUUUGGCCUCCGAAAGCAAAGCAGUGUGCAUUUAGCCCAAAGGAAGAAUAGGGGUCACUGUGGUUCUGAAUCUAGCCCUAUUAAAAGUACCUUUCCCAUUGGGCAGCCAUCAGAGAGCUUGAUGUUUGCCUCCCCAACUUCAGUGGAAGCUGUGACUGAACUGCAGCAGGGCCUGGUCCCUAAAUUAGAGGCUCAGUUUCCAGAGCUGGGCCGGCUGCUGGAGUGGAUGGUGCGCUGGGCUGAUAGGAGGGUGCUUCUUCAUCAUAGAAGAAAGAAGAAAGAGAGGGGAGGAGGGGUCGGAGGACCAGCUGACGAAGGAGUAGUGAUUCGUGUCAAAGCCUCAGCGCCUGCUGUCCUCACCUCCCUCAGCUUACUAGAGUGGAGGUACACGGCUCUAUUUGGGACGGAGCGCUACAGCACCCACAUCCAAGUUCCAGAAACACAGUGGACUGUGGCCCCUGUGGUGCAACCUGCGGUGGACGGGAACCCGGAGAGAGAGAGCAGUAUUGAUACAGGCUACCCCGGAUCUGCCAACACUCCCAUCACUGGUCCGGAUCACAAUCUACAGCAAGGGGAACUCUCCAUCAGCUCUUGCACAGAUGAACCAGAGGAACUGACACGUCACAGGAAGCCUCUUUCUAAUGACCAGGACCAACAGACCUUUCAUGCUCAGCGGGCACAGUCCAGUUCACAACAACCAUAUCUCGAUGACUUAGAUUUUGCAUCUGAAAAAGAAGGUAAAAGUAGUGGCAGUGAGCGGUUGGAGAUGUCAUCCCUUGAAAUCUGUGAAAACAUCUGCACACUUGAAACGAGUUUGAAGCUUGCAGACUUGGACUCAGAAAACACUGAAGAUACGUUCACUUCCACCUCUCUAAGUGUACAAGCUCCCCUACACCCAGAGCCCCAAGCUCUUCCUCCUGUGCAGCCCAAGGCCUCGGUUCACACAGAUGUCACGGAUACAGUUGGUGGGCUGUUCCCCGAUACACCUGUAGAUCCUCCCAACCUUCAGCCACAAAGCUCCAUGGCUGGUGCACCCACUCCUGUUUCUGCAGCACCCGAUCAGCCAUUAUCCAAUCAGCCCCCACAGAUGAGACAGCGACUGGGUGAAGACUUAUUUAGAUUAGUUCAGAAUAUCAACUACAUGAGCAUGAUGGAGGUUUUGGGAGCUUCCUUUUCCAGCCUGGAACUUGCCCAGCAGAACUCUUCUUUGGCUCAGUCUAGCAUGAACUCCUCACACCCUAAUGUGCCAUCAUCCCAUGUAACCAACUUCAUCCCUCAACCAAAUGUCUUACCUGUUCAAACCUCAGUUUCUGUGGCACCCCAGACACAGGCAAGUGUGCCACCUUCAGGAUCCAACUAUCCUCACCCCAGUCAGACCACCGCAUGUAUGUUUGCAGACCAGGCUGCUGUACAAAGUUCAGGGAAAACCUCUCGACCAGAUCGCCAGCAUCAAAUCCCCAGGAAUCUAUCCUCCACUACUGGUGGAGCAGGUGUAAAUGAUCAGGAAAUGCAUCCACUCUCUGUCCUCGUGGGGUCCCCAGAAAUCCAGUUUAAACAGAGUAGGAGUUUGAUCCUGUCCUCCAAGGGGCUUCUGGUCACUGCUGACAUUAGACAGGCUGUUCCCAGUACUCCUGUGGCACUGCCUUCUAAUGUUAGCCUACAAAACGACCCUGCUCCCCAGGUCUUGAAGUUACUACAGGCUCGGUGUCCGCCAUUGCAUCAGGAGAGAGCCCCACACUAUCCUCCAGCCCAAGAGUCCCAGACGCGACACACUGAAAACCCUGCAUUUCUCGAAUCCCAUCAGCCCCAGCGCAAACACAGUUACCAAGCCGCCUCAGAGAGGGCAGAAGAAAAAAGAACCGGAUCUUCAGUUCUAAGAAGACAACUCAGUUUUAAUAAUUCACAGGAUCCACCUCCCUGCAGCUCUGAACCCCGGAUCCAGAUGUCAGAGGGUUCCAGGGGGCAGGAGUUCCCAUUACUUCCUCCUCCUUUUCCAGCUCAGACACCUGCUCGAAUGCAGGACCCUCGCCUGCUGCAUCUUCAGCCUAGUGCACCCAGCAACAUCACGUUCCCUAAACUACCCAUGCCAGUUUUAUCCAGGCCCUCUACUGUCAUGUCAGCUCCAAUGGGAGGAAUACCUGUGACCAAGCUUUUACAUAUACAGCCUGGACCAAAAAUGAUGUCGCCCAUGGCAGCUCCUUCCACACAAAUGACCUCCCUCAUCUCCAGGGAGGAUUUGACAAGUUCAGUGAUCAGGAGGCAGAAUGUGGAAGAGGUUCAACAGCGGUUGCUCAGAGUAGACCCACCUAAUGAGAGCACCAGAGCAGCUCCGACUUCUCCCAGCUCAAACUCCAGCAAAAGGCAGAGGAGGAGAGAGGAAAAGACGUGCGGGGAAAGAAAAACGGCGGUCACAUUUAAACCAAAUGAGUCCAUCAUCCCUAUGCAGACGCCAGCAGAUGAGCCUGUAAAGCCUGUAAUUGAAGAGCCUGCAGUAUCAGAGAUCACUCCUGGACACAGCUUUGCGAUUCCUCUCGGAUCCUUUGACUCUCUGCUGACUGGUCAGACAUUGUUGGACAAGGCUGAGUCCACUUCAGCUGAGCUACACGCUUUUGCUUCCACGUGUAAAAAACCUCCAGAGUGUCAUGAUGCGUUCACCAACACAGAGCCAGCUUGUCCUCCCACGCUUGUGGAUAAAUCUGUGUCUGCCUCUGUCACCACUAGUAGCCCUGAAUCACAAGGUUCACAGAAUCUUCAUCUUGUUCAAAACAUAGAGGAGAACCGAAAGAAACCAGAGAGGGUACAGGACGUGCACCGCCACCAGUUCAUAAGUGUCUUGGAUCUGGAAGACAAUGCCCUGCACCACAAUUUGCCGUGGUGUCUCAGCCCAGGAACACAGGAUGUUCCUUCCGUACGCCCUUCAUCACCAACUUCUGCUCAGCUUCAUGUUCUUGCAACUUCUGUUAUUAGGAGUCAUGCUGCUGCUGCUGCUGCUUCUGAUCCUCAACCAUCAAUCACAAUCACAGACAAUCUGCUCAAACCCAACACUCAUCCAGAUACCCCUGAGGAUUCUCAGUUACACAGUCACGAGUCCAGUCCAGAGAGAGUGACUCUACAAGACACGGCAGAUCCCUCUGACUCUCAGAUCUGUCAGGCCAUUAAGACGCUGAGUGUCGGACCUCACAGAGCUUCCUUCUCACCUCCUACAGUCCUGUUCUCCUCUCGCCUGUCAGAGCUGGAUGCUCAGGUGGCUUCACUGCAGAGAAUUGCAGACAAUCUGGAGAUGGACUUCUCCAACUCCAGGAUGCUUGUGAGCACCAUCGAAAAUCUCACCCCUGGCUUUGGUCCUAAUAUGAAGAGUCCCGGGGCAGUGAAGAAAAACGUCAGACUGUCCGUCCCAAAGGAAGCAUGGACGCCACGAUUAGAGGUUUUAACUGAACCAAACGCCUACGAAGAGGAAGAGGAAGAGGAACGUCAGGACGACCAAUAUGUGCAUCACAGUGACUCCUUCCGUCAUUUCACUCCUUCUCACAGUCAAAGAGCCGGUCCUUCCUACGCUCACACCCCUCGAAAAGUAAAAGAUCCCUCUCCUGAAGCAUCUGGAAUAUCCCAUGUAUGGGAAGAGGAGAAUCUGGGUCAGACUGGGCUAUCGGAUACAGCGGAAAUGUUAGAGGAGCUGGUUAGGGAAGGGUAUUUAUCCCGAACUGACCUGGAUUUGUCCACUUCACAGCCUGCACACCACAGCAGCAGGCCGGAGCGGCGGGACAACAGCUGGGUGUCGCCGAGUAGCGUCUUCCCAGAUGACGAGAGGAGAGAGCUGAGGAUCUGGAUGAAAGGGAAACAGAGGGAAAGGCUUGCUGUUUAUCAAAAACACAGAGAAAGUCUGAGGGAGAGGGAGCUAGACCCUUUUCCUGUCCCUGGAAAAGUGAAAUCCACAAACAGAAAUCAAGUGACCGUUUGGAAAACUAGAGAGGAAAAAGAAAAGUUCAUGCUGAUGGAGCAAUACAACCAGAGGACCCUUGAAGCUUGUUCUUUGGCCAGGGGCUUCCCCGCCUCCCCUCCAGUCCUACGCAGUUCUUCCCAGCCUGAAGGUCCUCCGCUGCCCGCCCCCUCACAGUCCACAUCCGCUCCUCUUUUCGGAAGCACUCACAGGGUUUACAGGACAUCUUCCAAUGACAAAAGAAAUCUUAAAUCCCCGUCAGGACCAUCUCAGCCCCUCGCUCGUCCAUGGACUGCUGAGGGGCAGGGACGACCUACGGGGGAUCACAGCAGGAGACUGGGACUACAUAGACCAGUUACCUCUUUGCCAAGGGACCGUCUGUCUCAGGUGACCAGACGUGGCAUGGUCACCGACACAAAGAGCCACAUGAAAAGACACAUGGCCAACCAGAUUGAGGAUCAUCAAGUUGGAUAUGAGAGAAAGAUGCAGUUCAACAAAAGGCCCUCAGGAGGGACUGCUGUUGGAAGAGGAAUCCAGAGGGAGCAGACGAAGACAGAAGACGAAGAAAUGAAGAGGCGAGAGGAGUCCAACACAGUUUUGACCAGGCUGUCGGAUGAGCAGGAUGAUGGAGCCGCAGCUGGUGCGUCAGAGAUGGACUGGCUGGACAACCUGUCUGACAGCGCCGGCAGCUGCCUCAGCAAAAUCGACUGGGCUGCUAUCGAGAGGAUGGUGGCUGCAGACGGAGACUGAGCUCAAGUGUCUCAAGGAAAAGAAAACGUGCCUUUUAAAUCCUUUUGUAAACUGUGAUAAUAGAUGUUAUUCAGAUAAUAUUUAAUAAAAAAAGAUAUAAUCAUCAAUGAUAUAAAAUAUAUUAUAUCACAAUAAAACAGGUUUAGUAUUUUGUUUGAAAAGCAGGCCUACAAUAAAUCGCAUGUGAUGUAAUCACUUUCAUAAAUAAUUUUGUAUCUCACUGACUGAUUCUUUAAGAUGGAGGUUUGUGCCAUUUGAGUCUUCUAGAUAUAUAUAUAUUUUUUGUACAGAGUUGACUCCCCUACUAAUAAAUAUCUGAAGUUUA